AUGCGAUACUCACUCAGCUUUGCCGUGCUCUAUUUGGCCGGCCACUCCUUCGCCCGCCAUGGCGAUCUCAAAGCACGCAUGGAUGCAGAAGAAUGCUGUCCUUGCACCGGCUCUGGCGCGCCAGCAACAGUUACUGUCAUGGCCGAGGCACCGCCAGCUAAGACUAUCUACAUAUCUGAUAGGCCACAAGCCACUGUAACGGUCGAGAGUACCGUCACCCAUCCGGCGUCUACGAUCUAUGUGACCCACGAGCCCGAUGGCGUCGCCACCAAGCCCAAGCAGGAUCACCCCAAGGUUAUCACCAAGACGAUCUAUCCAGCCAGAUCUAGCGAGACACCUGGAGCGGAGGGUAAAGAUGAAAUCGUGGAUGACGACACUCAUGAGAAUCCCAAUGAGACUAGUGAGCAGAAGGAUCAACAUGAUGAUGGCGACAACGACGACAAGUUCAUCAUCAAGACAAUCUAUCCCGAGUCGAUCACAAAAGCACACGAGAAAGAGAAAGAGGCGCAAGUGGUGACAAAGGUUGUCCACCCCGAUUCGGCUGAUCCAGCCAAGGAGCCAAAGACUGUCACCAUCAUCGCAAGCCCUAGCAAGGAUGCAUCAGCUGAACCAUCGGUCGUGACGAUAACUGCCGAGCCUGAGGAGACUCUGACCGAAGCCACAAACGGCGAUGCCCAGGACAAGUUCACGACCAAAACCUUGCAACACAAGCAAGUGGGGGAGCAGAAGCCAGCUACAGUGAUUGUCAGUCUCGAGCCCAGUGCUCAGGUCAUCGUUGUCGAUGGCGAAACUAUCACAGAGACCAUUGAUCACCCAGUCACCGUGACGGCUGCGCCUGUGCACGACGCAACCACGAUUGUGCCGAGCAAAGACCACUACAAGACGGUGACCCAGACCGUGAGCCACGGCGGCGAUGACAUUGACAUUGAGAUCAUCAUCAUCAACAUCAACACGGGCGAGACUGUGUGUCGCCAGAAGGAUAGCGGCAAGCCUUGCAAGGGCGCAGUCAACCCCAGCCAGUCUACCGUUUGCUCAUCGGUCGAGCCUUCCACGAGCAUCAGCACAGCCUUCAACACCGUCACCGUCACUGCCAGCCCGACAAUGGCUUUCAACUCCACCAUGAUGGGCGUAGCGCAGCCCACAGGGAUGAGGAGGGCUCCCAGAGCGCCCUUGUCCCAGCGGUGGUGGGAGGAGUAA